AUGCUGAAUAUUAAACUGAAAUACAACCUUCGUCGAUGUCCACCAACUGCAAGUUCUUUCUGCAAACACAAGUGGAGCAUUUAUGUGCUUCAUGUAGAUAAAGAAUUAAUUGGAGCUGAUUUAAACCCACUCACAGCUAAUGAAGUAACAUACGAAGAGGUAGAAACAAUUGCGCCAACAGUCCUGCCUGCACCUGGAAAAAGGGAGCCAUAUGAAUCUGAUGUUAAAAUCAUAACCAAAAAGGGAGGUGUGUAUCUUGCAUUCUUAGACCAAGGAGCCUGUUUGUCAUUAUGAAGUGUUAUUGUGAGCUACAAUUAUUGCUCCGAGAUUGGCAGUGUUUUGGUGAGUUUUCCAAGGACACCUGCUCCCGUGAAUGACUCUUAUCUAGUGGAACAAACAGGACGUUGUUCUGAUGUGAGCCCAAUCAAGAAAGUGAAACUGUCAGGCGUUUGCCACAGUAACGGAGAAUGGAAUAUCACUGAUGGAAUCAAAUGCCUCUGUAAACCUGGCUAUGAGCUUGUCAAGGGAUCUGAGGGAAAUGUCCUUGAAUGCAGAGGUAUGAACGUAAUUUCUCUUUUUUUAAGUGUGGUGGUGGANGCAAGCCAGCCAACAAACUGGCUAAGAACAGAUUUUAUUGACGUCAAGGAUGCCAAAAUGCUGAAUAUUAAACUGAAAUACAACCUUCGUCGAUGUCCACCAACUGCAAGUUCUUUCUGCAAACACAAGUGGAGCAUUUAUGUGCUUCAUGUAGAUAAAGAAUUAAUUGGAGCUGAUUUAAACCCACUCACAGCUAAUGAAGUAACAUACGAAGAGGUAGAAACAAUUGCGCCAACAGUCCUGCCUGCACCUGGAAAAAGGGAGCCAUAUGAAUCUGAUGUUAAAAUCAUAACCAAAAAGGGAGGUGUGUAUCUUGCAUUCUUAGACCAAGGAGCCUGUUUGUCAUUAUGAAGUGUUAUUGUGAGCUACAAUUAUUGCUCCGAGAUUGGCAGUGUUUUGGUGAGUUUUCCAAGGACACCUGCUCCCGUGAAUGACUCUUAUCUAGUGGAACAAACAGGACGUUGUUCUGAUGUGAGCCCAAUCAAGAAAGUGAAACUGUCAGGCGUUUGCCACAGUAACGGAGAAUGGAAUAUCACUGAUGGAAUCAAAUGCCUCUGUAAACCUGGCUAUGAGCUUGUCAAGGGAUCUGAG